AUGUCGAAAGCCCACAGCGAGUCAGCUGUCUCUUCCAGCAAGGUGGAAGCAGCGAGUCAACCGUUACCUGCCCUCCGACAGGAUGUGGGCGCUACGAGCACCGAAUACGAGGAAACGCAGUCGUAUCUCCAGGGCGCAAAGCUCUAUCUGAUCACAGUCGCUCUCUGUACAUGUCCACUCAUCACCAAUAUCGAGAUUCCUAUCGUGACGACGGCUUUGGUGGGCAUCACAGGCGAGCUCGGGGGCUUCGACAAGGCUAGUUGGGGCAUAUCGGCAUAUAUGCUUGGAUACACUGUCUUUCGUUCGUUCCAAGGUAUUGGCGGCGCGGGCAAUUUUGCGCUGUGUUCCGUGAUCUUCAUUGAGCUUGUUCCAUCCCACAAGUACGCCUUGUAUACAAGCUCUACCGCGGCGAUCUACUCCUUAUCCCUAGCACUUGGACCAAUCCUAGGGGGGGCAAUCAGUCAAUACACCACCUGGAGAUGGGUAUUCCUGAUCAAUGUGCCCGUGGCGUUCGUAUCGGCGGUCAUUAUCUUCUUCAGUAUACCCGACGGGUUUCCGUUCCAUGGGAGGCCUCGUAGCGAACGACCCAACGCUGUGCCAUUCUUCUCGAAACAAGCUGCUCAGCGCAUUGAUAUCACGGGUACGAUACUGCUGCUGAUAUCCACCGUGCUGCUUGUAGCCGCGCUACAAGAAGGGGGACUCCGAUAUCCCUGGAAAUCGGGGUUCGUCAUAGCUCUGUGCACUAUCUCAGGCCUGGGCUGGAUCGCGUUUCUGAUCUGGGAGCGGAGCGUCACCCUAGGGUCGACGCUGCAGGAGCCGGUGUUUCCUUGGCGAUUUGCUCAGAACCGAGUGUACAUUGGCUUGCUACUGAAUACGAGUUUCAUCGGAGCCGCUUUCUUUUGCACGACGUUCCAGCUCCCGCAGCGGUUCCAGGUAGUCAACGGCCUCCCACCCAUCCAAGCAGGCAUCAGAUUCCUUCCCUUCACGUUGGCAGCUCCAUUUGGUUCACCCAUUAGCCCUGCAAUAGCCAAGGUCAUCGGUUUUGCGCUUCUUUCAACAUUGGCCAGCUCGAAGACGGUCGUCGCCGCUCAAUAUGGCUAUCAAGUUCUCGCAGGCUUUGGUAGCGGCGCGAACAUUACACUGACCUUGCUGCUCACGCCAUUUUGCGUGCAGGAAAGAGACAAAGGUAUUGUCCUUGAUCCCAUCACCCAAGACACAACUGACAUGGGUAUAGCCGUCGCCAUGGGAACCGUCUCACAGUUUCGAGUUAUGGGUGGCGUGAUUGGACUUUCGAUAGUCACUGCAGCUUUCUACGGCUUAGUUCGGCAGCAACUGGGAGAGUUGUUAUCCCCGCAAGAGCUUACCAUGGUGUUACAAUCUCCCGGCAUGACUGCUACCUUCCCCGCAGAUGUUCAAGAAGCUAUUCGAGUCACGUUCGCAGCAGGCUACACGCGGCAGAUGAAGAUAUUGAGUGGACUGGCGGCUGGACAGCUGCCUGCUUCGAUUUUGAUGUGGCAGAGGGACCAGAUCAGGAUCUGA